UCACCCGCAGGGCCCUGGGUUUUUAUACCAGAGAUGCUGGUGUCGCCCACAGACAAAACCUGGGACUCCUCAGAAAGAUAAUGUGCCAGCAUUGCACAAGAGCCAAGAGUACUUUAUCAAAAGAUGAAGUCUUCUAAAUCAGAAAAAAUAGAAGAUGCUUUAUUAUUGGAAUGUCCACUGGGGGAAAUGCUGCCAAAUCCAUCAGACUAUAAAUCUUCCCUGAUAGUCUUGACAGUGCAGAACUGGCUUCUACGUCUCUCUGCUGAUAGUGGAGAAAUGCUGGAAAAAAUAUACCUUGCUGAUUCCUAUUGUAAAUUCAGGUAUCUGAGCUGGGAUACCCCUCAAGAGGUAAUGGUUGUAAAGUCAGCUCAGAAUAAGCUCCCUGCAGCAGCACGACAGGCAGGUAUCCAACAGUCAGUAUUGUUCUAUAUUGCUGUAUUCCAAGUUUUGCCUCUUUCAUUCAUUGGAAUGCUAGAAAUAAACAAAAAGAUAUUUGGUAACAGUGUGACAGAUGUUGCUGUUUCUAAUGGCAUCCUGAUUGUAAUGCAUAGCAUGGGUCUGGUCAGGCUCUAUAACUUCCAGGCCAUCUCUGAACAGUUCAUGGAACAACCAUUUCAUUUGGGACAGGAAUUCAACUGGAAUGGUCAAGUGGGAGUUGUAGGAAAAUACCCAUUUGGGCUCCCAUGUAACAUUAAAAUAACAGAUACCCCACCUUUGCUAUUUGAAGCAUCUUCCCUGGAGAAUGCAUUUCAAAUUGGAGGUUAUCCUUGGCAUUAUAUCAUCACACCUAACAAGAAAAAGCAUAGAGGAGUCUUCCAUAUUUGUUCUCUGAAAGACAAUGCUUUGGCAAAAAAUGGCAUACAAGACAUGAAAUGCUGUUCACUGGAACCUGAUUGGAUAUAUUUCCACCCAGAUAUGUCAGGUAGAAUAAUCCACGUGGGACCAAAUUUGGUGAAAGUUUUGAAGUUUAAGGAAGUUAAAAACAAUACAGAUCAGAUGGAGAUUGCAGAAGAUUUUACGAUUGUGGCCAACAGAGAAAACUCUGUUAGCAAUGCUGUAACUGUAACAGCUUCUGGUCGAGUGGUGAAAAACCGUGUUAAUUUGCUGGAUGAUGACCCAGAACAAGAGACAUUCAAAAUUGUGGACUAUGAAGAUGAAUUGGAUUUGUUAUCCACUGUGGCAGUUACUCAAAUAGGAGCUGAUGGAAAAGCACACCUUGACUUCCAUUGUAAUGCACAUGGGAUUCUACUAAAGAGUAUUCCAUUACUGGAGUCCUGGGAUGUGACUCACAGUCAUGAAGUUUACUUUGACAAGGACCUUAUAUUACAUAUAGAACAGAAGCCUAACAGGAGGUUCAGUUGCUACGUUUACCAAAUGGUCUGUAAUACUGCGGAAGAUAAUGAAUGUUCAAGAUGUAAAAAAAGCAAGAGUGUUCUGUAAAAAAGGAGGGAGAAUUUUUGAAUUUUAAGAUAGAAAUGACUACAGAGACUUUAAUUUGGAUGUUAUUUAAGGACUUGAUACAUACAAGCUUGUCAACUGCUGUUUUUCAGGCAGGAUUUAAACUUAACUUUUUGUAUUGGUACAUGAAGUUUUAUUUCUUUUUUCUCUGUAACAUUGUACACUUGUCUGUAGUCCACAAUGUUUUUUCAUGUAUUUACCAUUCCAUCAUUAAUGCUAGAUGCAACAUUUAUUGUUUAUCUUCAGCAGUCAGAAUGAAAUACUGGACAUCAAGAUAAAAAUGUGGACUUAACUGUUCACCUACCAUCUGCUGUGGUCUGUCUGAUGUAGUUUUACCUAUGCAACUUUAAUACAGACUAUUAAUUAAGCAAAGUAUGAAAAACUCUACAGGAUGAAUUUUAUAUGAGUAUGAAAAUAGAGUUACCAAUAAACCACAACAAAAACCUUCUAUUGGUUUUGUAUGAGAUACAAAAUCACUCAGGUUUUCUGGUUGUGUUUAUUUUGGUUUGUAAAGAAGUAUUAAAUUCCAAUUUUUUA